CGUGUAGUUGAAGGCGUUGUAACCGGAGUUGGCGCUGUGCCCGGACGAUCCAUCAUCGAUCGACAUGUGAAAGGUCGCUAAGGCUCCAAGGCUAUGCGGUCAUAUUUCAGUUUCUAGUGCAGUAGCAAAAGGCCAAAAGGCCAAAAGGCCAAAAGGGGUAAUUGUCUUUUCCCCCGUAUGAUUGUCCAACGCCCGGUUUGUCUUGGUCGCUGUCCUCCUCGAUGGCUAAACCAUACUACAUAGUAGUAUAGUCGUCGUCUCAGUAUCAACACACAACGUCCCACUGUCCUGUGGAACAGACCCAUGAUGCCCAUAAUAGUCGUCGUCUCAGUAUCAACACACAACGUCCCACUGUUCUGUGGAACGAGACCCAUGAUGCCCAUAAUUGAGGGCAAAUAGCCGCCGGGUAAAUAGGUCGUCGAUGCUUAGACUCGUUGGGGCUCCAGUUGGCUCUUUGGCCUUGUUGACCCCCCCACCUAUAGCAUCCUCAAACCCUCCUUCCGUCACUUUGCCAGUGACUAAACCCAGCUGUACACUGGAUGCUGCCUGUCCAAAUCCUCGGAUUUUCUUGCGCAUGUGUGGUCUUGUCUUCGUAAUUGAUUGGGAUAUAAGCUUGGAGACAUCGCCUGGUCCCCAUUUUGCCCUUCCUGAUAAAAACAGCCGUUGAAAUAGCCGGCUUGCCCCAUAGUGCUAUGAGUAUACCACUUAUAUAUACCACCUGCGCCCCUCCCCUCCCACAGAACCGACAUUCUGAGCGGCUUGAUCCUGAGUAGAGCGCCUUUUGCUAUUAUUUUUAUACCCUUCCAAACAAUCUAUAACUGAGUUUCGCAAAGAUGCCUGUCCCAAACAUCAAGCUCAACAAUGGCUUUGAGAUGCCACAAGUAGGCCUCGGCCUGUGGAAGGUUGGCAACGAUACUUGCGCCGAUACCGUCUACAACGCCAUCAAGACUGGUUACCGUCUGUUCGAUGGAGCUUGUGAUUACGGAAAUGAGGUUGAGGCUGGCCAGGGUGUUGCCCGUGCCAUCAAGGAGGGUCUGGUGAAGCGCGAGGACCUCUUUAUCGUCUCCAAGCUGUGGAACAGCUUCCACGACAAGGAGCAGGUCGAGCCAAUUGCCCGCAAGCAGCUCGCUGACUGGGGUAUUGAGUACUUCGAUCUCUUCUACAUCCACUUCCCAAUCGCCCUCAAAUACGUUGACCCCAAGGUCCGCUACCCCCCAGGAUGGGCUUUCGACGGAAAAGAGGAUUACCAACUCAGCAAUGCGUCCAUCCAAGAGACAUGGACCGCGAUGGAGUCGUUAGUUGAUCAGAAGCUCGCAAAGAGCAUCGGAAUUUCCAACUUCCAGGGCGCUCUUAUCCUCGACCUUCUCAGAUACGCCAAGAUCCGCCCGGCUGUCCUCCAGAUCGAGCACCACCCAUACCUUGUCCAGGAGACCCUCGUCAAGCUGGCUAAGGAGCAGGGCCUUGCCGUUACCGCCUACUCCACCUUUGGCCCAUCUUCCUUCCUCGAGCUCGGCUGGCAAAAGACCGCCGAUACCCCUCUUCUGUUCGAGCACCCUACCAUCACCACCAUUGCGAAGAAGCACGAGAAGACACCUGCCCAGAUUAUCCUGAGAUGGGUCACACAGAGGGGAUUGGCUGUUAUCCCUAAGAGCAACACCCAGAGCAGACUGGAGCAAAACUUAAAUGUUACCGACUUCAACCUCGAGCAGUCCGAGAUUGAUGAGAUCUCUGGCUUAAACAAGAACCUCAGGUUUAACAACCCAAGUGAUUACCUCGGCACUCUUCAUAUUUUCGCGUAGAUGGGAAUGUAGACAGGAUUUAUCAACAAUACAUAUUAUCAAAU